AUGGUGGACCACUUGGCAAACACAGAGAUCAACAGCCAGCGGAUCGCAGAUGUGGAGAACUGCUUCGGGGCAUCGGGGCAGCCACUGGCCCUGCCAGGCCGAGUGCUGUUGGGUGAGGGCGUCCUGACCAAGGAGUGCCGCAAGAAAGCCAAGCCACGCAUCUUCUUCCUCUUCAACGACAUCCUGGUGUACGGCAGCAUCGUGCUGAGCAAACGCAAAUACCGGAGCCAGCAUAUCAUCCCGCUGGAGGAAGUGACGCUCGAGCCGCUCCCCGAGACCCUGCAGGCCAAGAACCGCUGGAUGAUCAAGACGGCCAAGAAAUCAUUUGUGGUGUCAGCUGCGUCCCUGACAGAGCGCCAGGAAUGGAUCAGCCACAUCGAGGAGUGCGUGCGGCGACAGCUGCUGGUCACGGGCCGCCAGCCCACCACGGAGCACGCUGCGCCCUGGAUCCCCGACAAGGCCACGGACAUCUGUAUGCGCUGCACGCAGACACGCUUCUCUGCGCUCACCAGGCGCCACCACUGCCGCCAGUGUGGCUUCGUGGUCUGUGCAGAGUGCUCUCGGGAGCGUUUCCUCCUGCCUCGCCUCUCACCCAAGCCCCUAAGGGUCUGCAGCCUCUGCUACCGACAGCUGGCUGCCCAGAAGCGCAAGGAGGAAGAGGAGGAGCAGGGUGGUGGUCCCCAUGGGCAGCCUGCCCACUUCGCUGGAGCAGCAUCCAGUGGGGAUGAUGAAGACUCAGAUGAGGACAGGGAAGGCAGUGGGGAUGGCGACUGGUCCAGCCGUGUGCACUUCUACACCUCCAACGUCUCCUGGUCGUCCUUCCACAGCUGA